GCAGAUGUUAGACCGCUGUAACAUAACACACACGUUUUUUAUUUAUUUAUUUAUUUCGUAACGGAACGUCACGCAACACAGUUCUUCGUUCUAAUUGUCACGGAAUAGAAAAAACUCUGUAUUCUGCAGUAAUUGUUAUCAAAAAUGUUAUUCCUUGUAUCAAUUAUAGUUUUCAUUUUAUUUCCUGGACAAGUGCAUCCACUAGGUAUAAACAAGCCACAAGCAGACACAUUCCUAGACUCGUUGGCACACAAACUGAAACUCGAGACGUGGGAGCGAGACGAGGUGCCGUGUUUGGAAAACAUUUUAAAUAUUUUUGAAAAUGUCAAGAAUCAUACUUUGUGGGCCACGUGGAUGUGGAACGCCAACGCACUACCUACGGGCAAUUUGUACGGCUCGUUCAGACACUACGGGAGUUACGACCAGUGCCUGAACCCUCCAUGGCUGCACACCCAUCCACAAUUGAAGACCAAGUACUGCUUCGCUGACUUCCAACUUUCCAAACACAGUGAUGUCAAACAACAUGUAGACUAUGAUCCUUUUGGAUCAACUUUGAAUUAUGUUAAUUCACAAACACCAUCAUCUUUGCCCUUGAACCAAAUCAUAUGGGGUCUCUGUAUCCCAGCGAUCUGCUCACCUACAGCGGUCUCGAAACUGGCCAAGGUGUUAUAUGAGGCAGCUACAUUCGGCAGCAUAGCGUCUGACGUCACGGUGAAACACUGCCAGGAGGCUGGGGAGAGAACACCAUACUCUACUGGGUUUUAUAUCUUCAUAGCUCUAAUACUGUCGCUGAUAACAACAGCCGUGGCGUCGACCUGCUAUCGGACGUAUGUAUCAUCUGGAGAGGAGUCGCCAAACAGUUUAAAAACGAUAAUAACAAAAUCAUUCUGUAUCAUCAAGAACCAAGAAGAUUUAGUGAAGGUCAAUAAGGGUGAGAUUCGCUCGAUGAACGGUAUCAGAUUCCUGACUGCAGCCCUUAUCGUCAUAGUGCAUGUGGUUUUCUAUAUAAUGUUAUCUGGUAUAAAUAAUUUUGCCGAUUUUGAAAAGCAAUUUGAAGGCAUCGGUGUGUCAUAUCUUCAUGUUGAUAUCAUUGUGGACACGUUCUUUACUAUGUCUGGUCUACUGCAUAUGAGAGGACUGAUGGGAAGACAACAGAAUUUGUUUGGCGUACUCUGGAAACGAUACAUAAGGUUAAUAGGUCCCUUCGCCGUUGUUGUGUUCUACUUAACAUUUGUAUCCAAACACUGGAACUCCGGGCCAGGCUGGUAUAACUUAGAGGAGACAGAAGUUUGCGAGAAAUACUGGCUGAGGAACUUGCUCAUGGUGAAUUUCGAUAUUAAACUCAGUUGUCAAGCAAUCACUUGGUACGUGCCCUGUGACUAUCACCUCACAAUCCUGGGCACUCUCAUCUUCUACUUCUAUCAGAAGAAGAGGAAGCUUGGCUAUACAGUGUUUGUAGCUGUGCUACUCCUGUCCAUGAUCAUUCCUGCAGUAUUGACGUACUGGCUUAAUUUCCAGGCUGUGAUUUUAUUGGAUUUUGGCAAGCACAUUAUGAACUACCGUGACACUUGGCAGUUCAACUACAUCUACACUCCGUUCUACAGCCGCGGCAGUCCGUACCUCGUGGGCAUCGCCAUGGGGUACCUCACAACCAUCUACAAACCUGCUGACUACAGGAAAUGUGUACCUAAAACUUGGUCCAUCAUUGCUACGGCUGUGGGUGUGUUUGCCAUGAUGUUCACCAUGUCCAUAGCUUAUAUAAUCGUUUGCCGAGGGUAUGAUCCUCUGGAAGCAGCUAUCUUCGUAGGCACGAAGAGGAUCCUUUGGUCUGCUGCCAUCUGCUGCAUUAUAGGGAUGUGUGAAUAUGGAACUGUUCCUAUAGUCUCCAAUAUGUUGAGUUGGUCUGCGUUCACACCUCUAAGUCGGCUGUCCUACGGCAUUUACAUGAUCCAUCCGCUGGUGAUUCAAAAGUUCCAACUUUCGCAACGAUCGACUCACUUUUUCGAUUUCUAUUGUAUUCUUUUCAGCGCAGUAGGGGCAACGGUGAUAUCAAUAGGACUCAGUUACGCGAUGUGGCUGUUUGUGGAGGCGCCGCUGAUCAACAUCACCAACCAACUCUUCUUCAAUAGGGUAAAUGGACCAGUGAAAGCUGUUGGUACGAAUGGAAUCCAACAUAGGAAUGGCAUUACUAAGACCAAGUCUUCGUAAGUUAAAAAGUGUUAGAGUUUGAAAAAGAUAGUCUAAUGUAUAAAUACCAUAAAGGCAGAUCAUUUAAAUUCAAUAUAAUUAUUGUGAUUUAUUAUAUACUAGCAAACCUUUUCUGAAAUUUUCCUGAAUUUUUAACCGACUUCAAAAAAAAGGAGGAGGUUCUCAAUUCGACCGUAUAUAUGCUUUUUUUUAUGUUUGUUCGCGGAUAACUUUGUCGUUUAUGAACCGAUUUUGAUGAUUCUUUUUGUAUUUGGUAGGUCUUAUACCAGAGGUGGUCCCAUUAAAAUUUUAUCAAAAUUGGUUUAGCACUUUUUGAGAUAAUUAACAAAAACAAAUAUCAAUACAAACAUUUACUAUUUCUGUUCGCGAAUAACUGUGUCGUUUAUGAACUGAUUUGGAUGAUAAUUGUUGUAUUUCGUAGGUCUUACAUCAGACGUUGUUCCAUUAAAAUUUUAUCGAAAUUGGUUCAGCACUUUUUGAGAUAAUUAACAAAAACUUUUUUUUUUAUGUAUGUUAAUCGAUAUCUCCGGCAGUUAUAGACCGAUUUGAGAAAUUCUUUUUGUGUUUGAAAGAGUACGAUGUCAGUGUGGUCCCAUAUAUUUUUUUUAAAGUCUGACCAUAAAUGUAGAAGAUAAUCCAGGGAACUCCUCAAAAAUGAACAGAAUGUGCUCUGCGUUUGAGUUUAAGUGAUGUAUAUUAGCUUAUCUUUAUGAGUAACCAUACAAUUCAGGACGGAUAGUAGCAUAUCUGGUAUAGAAUGAUGAGUAGCUUGAUGUGCUGUCUGAGUUACAUGACUGUAUACCUAUG